AUGAACAUUUCUGAAGAGUCGGUUAUAUCUGUAUCAUCAAUUAACCAAAGUGUUGGUUUGUGUGACAUCAUUACAGAAACAAAAGCAAAAGAACUGGCAGUUAAUGCGAGAAUGGGGAAUUGCGACAUUGACGAUUUGAAUUCUACCUACAUGCAGUUGUUGUUAAACCACCACAUACCAAUAUCUCUUCCUCCAUUUCCUUUAAAUAUUUAUCCUGUGUUAGAUCUAGAAGCAUUAGAGACAGUGCAAAGAACCACUGAGUCUCUGAUAAAAUAUUUGAAGUUGGAGGAUGUAAUUAAAAAGAUCGAAGAUGCAAAAAUACGCCAGCUUAGAAAAGUGAGAACUGUAACUUUCAAAGACACAGUUAGAUUAGCAAAUUAUGAUGAUUUGUCUGAAGAAUCUGCGCCACUUCAUGAUGUGUCCACCACUCAUACAGCUAGUUGUACCAAAGUUCAUAAUAUCGUAAUUUCUAAGGGUGAUGUAACAGAAAACGAUGUAAUGCCAGUCGUAACUGAAAUAAGAAUGGGAGUGGGUGGAAGGCUGCGAAAAGGGCUGAGGAGAUUUGGAACUCGCUGUUUUGGUUGUUUCCGUCGUUGA